AUGGCGUCCAAAUUCAUUAUCUUCUGUGCUUUUGCUUUCCUUUUUGCAGAAAUCAAUGGCAUAACCCUUGAUCUCAUCCACCCCGACUCUCCUCAGAACCCCUUCCGCCACCCUUCCCAAACACGGUUCGGAUAUAUCCGCCAAGCCUUCCGCAAUUCCCAGUCACGAGCGUCGUACAUCAAUCAUCGCAUUAAUGGCGAUUUCAGUACAAAGUUCGCAACCACCGUGAAGCCCUCCGGGGGCGGAUACGUCAUGAAAUACUCCAUCGGAACCCCGCCGUUUGAAACCUACGGGAUUGCCGAUACCGGCAGUGAUAUUACAUGGACGCAGUGCAAGCCAUGCACGAAUUGCUUCAACCAAUCGCUCCCCAUGUUUGAUCCGAAGACGAGCAGCUCGUACAAAACGAUGCCGUGUGAUUCGUCUACCUGUAGCUCAUCCACGAGCUUCAGUUGUGGCGUUAACGAUGUUUGCCAGUAUCAAGUCACGUACGGAGACCAGUCCUCUACUGUCGGGGAUGUGGCUAUGGAUACUCUCACCUUAGGUAAUACGGCGUUUAAGGGAGUUUUGUUCGGUUGCGGCCACGAAAACGGCGGCACGUUCAGCGACAGCACUUCCGGGAUUGUCGGCCUCGGCGGCGACGGCGUUACCUCAAUCAUUGCCCAGCUGGACCGCCAAAUCGGCGGGAAAUUCGCUUACUGUUUAUCGACGGAUGCGAAUUCCACUAGCCAUAUAAGUUUCGGCCCCGACGCUGUGGUUAACGGCGCUAAGGCCGUUUCCACGCCGUUAAUCAAAAAACCCGAGCAGGCGACCUUUUACUGGCUCAACCUGGAACGAAUCACCGUUGGCGGGAAAUCCUUAACGGUCAAAUCUCCUGUCGCCGAGAUUAGCGGCCGUCGAGAGGGCGCCGUUAAACAGGCCAGUGUUGAAGGCAACAUCAUCAUUGAUUCCGGAACGACGCUGACCUUUCUCCCGUCCGAUUUAUACACCAGCUUCGAAUCGGCCGUACGAGAGGCGAUCCCUGCCACGCCGGUGAGUGAUCCACAAGGCACAUUCCCGUUGUGCUACUCAUCAUCUGGCAAUCUUGAGGUGCCGAGAAUUAUUGCGCAUUUCACCGGUGCUGACGUGGAGUUGUCGGCGAAAGGUACUUUCGUUGAAGUGGAAGAAGGAUUGGUCUGUUUGACCAUCAUCUCGCAGGCGAGUCUUGGUGCAGAUAUAGCCAUCUUCGGUAACCUGUCGGAGAUAGACUAUAUCGUCGGUUACGAUUUGGGGGCCAGGACUGUCACCUUUAAACCUGCUGAUUGUUCUAAAUUUUGA